AUGCCGUCCCCCUAUACACCCCAAACAAACAGCCGCAGCAGCAGCAGCAGCAGCAACAGCAGCAGCAGUAACAGCAGCAGCAGCAGCUCGAAAAAAGAGUUACAUGAGCAACAGCAGCAGCAACAGCAGCAGCAGCAAGGCCGGCAGCAGCAGCAAAUGCCUACAUAUGCAACGAACGUAGCAGCAGAUCAGAAUGCAAUUGCAGCAGCAGCAGCAGCAGCAGUUGCAGCAACAAACCCGCAGCAGCAGCAGCAGCAGUAG